CCGAGUGGCCGGAGACCGGGGCGCUUCCGGUGCUGAUGUGGCCGGAACCCGGCGGCGCGUCGGAGCGAAAAACUAUCGGCCAAAGCAGCUGAGUGCCCGCCAAGGAAGAAACCAACGUGCACCUGGGCAGCCUAUCGGAGACCCCGGCGGCUUGCAAGCUGUGACUCCUUCCUUCUCUGGACCUUCUGUGCUCCUUUUAUGCUCCAGCCGACCUCCUCCUCCUCCUCCUCCCCCUGUGCCGCUGGUUGCCUGGAGGGUGAAGAUGCUCAGCCGUUUGUCGGGGCUGGCCAGCACUGUCCUGCACGAGCUCUCUGGGGAAGGAGAAGAUGGCGGGACGGCACCGUCCCCCGCUGGACCGGAGUUUGAAUCCAGCCAGCAGAAUGGGGAGGAGACCCCAGAAGACGUCCUGGAACGGCUGGCCCACAUGGAGAAGCUGGUGGCACAGCUGAAGACCCUGGUGCGGGAGAAGGACGCUCAGCUCCAUCAGAAGGAGGCCACGCUUCAGGAGGAGAGGCAGGCAGCCGAUGCGAAACUGCUGAAGCUGAAGCUGCAGGCUAAAGUGAAGGUGGCCAACCUGAACAAGCGCAUCGAGGAGCUGACGGCCCAGGGAAGGGCAGCACCUGCCGAGGGGCAGCCGGAAGGGCCCCCGCCUCCUGUCCAGGGUGACCAUGGCCUAAGCGACGGGACGGUGGACGAGACGGGCGUCCUCAGGAGGCAGCUUCAGGAGCAGGAAGAAACGGUAACGGAACUCCGAGGGCAGCUGGAGGAAGCGACGGGAAGACUCGGGGAUGCCCAGGCCCAGAUCAGCUCCCUUCAAAGGGAAGUGCUGGAGAAAGAGUCACUCCGCGAAGAACAGGCUCUCCAGCAUCAGGCAGAAAUCCACCAGGUAGAGGCCUGGUCGGCCCGCGAAGCAGAAAUGCAGCAGGUGGUUGGCUUCGGGGAAGCUGCCAAAGAUUUACAGAAUCUGAGGCAGCUGCAGCGGAAGGUGGAAGAACAGGAGGAGGCUUUGCUGGGCCGGACGCAGGUGGUCGAAUUGCUGCAGCAGGAACUGAACAGCUCUCAGGAAGAAAAGCAGAAUCUCCUGGAGAAGCUGCAAAAGGCAGAAGCAGAGCUGGACACCUCCAGAAGCACCCUGGCUUCUGCCCAGGAGGAAUCCCUAAACCUGGUCAGGAGGCUGGAGCUGGAGCUGGCCAAGCAGAAGACGGCCUUCCAGCAGAGCCAGGAGGAGGUUCAAGAGCUGAGCCAAGAGCUGGCCCAGGCGAGAGCAGCCCAGGCCGAGCGAGAGCAGGAGAGGCAGGCCGAGGAGGCCAGGCACGCCCUGGAGGUGGCCGAGAAGAACGAGGAGAUGGUCGAGCUUCAGAAAGCAGAGCAGGACCUCCAUGCCAGUUACGAGGCUGUCCAAGCAGAGAACGCCCAGCUGCGGCAGAAGGGGGAUGCGCCACCGGAGAGCCCGCCUGACGACGCUUCUACCAUGCAAGGCGAGACCCCUGAAAGACCCCCGGAGCUCAGCUUGUCUCAGCCAGAAGUGGAAACAGCCGCAGUCCCGUCUCCUCCCCUGAACCAGUCCAGCGCAGACCGGACCCUGGAGGAGCCCCUGCCGGCCCAACCGGACGGACAGCCCGAUCUCCAGGAAUCCUUCGCUGGGGAGAAGCAGCGUGAUCUGUCCAUCCUGCUUCUGGAACUACAGGAGGCCCAGGAAGAGAUCGCUUUCCUCAAGGGGCAGCUUCCUCUCUCCAGCAGCCUGGAGGCCGAAGCAGGAGGUCCCCAGGGGAGCGAUGGCGAGAGAGAGGGAGAAGGGGCUGUGCCCAUCCAGAGUGACUCAAGCAGCAGCUCUCUGGUCACUGUAGACAUCCAGGACUCUCCUUCUGUUUUGGGGCUGCUCUUGGGACCGGAGGAGAACGAAACAGCUCAGGGACCAUCUCCAGACUCUGGGCUGCAGUUGCAGAAGAUAACCAGGUUGGAGCUAGAAGUCGCUGAACUGCAAAGAAGGCAGCAGGAAGCCGUGGAAACCCACCAGAGAAUCUUGGAGGAGAAAAGCACAGAAAUUGGCCAGCUUCAGGAACAAGUGGAGGCCUCAGCCAGAGCUGCGGAGACCUUGGACGCAGAGCAGGACCAGCUCUUGUCUCGCCUGAAGGAACUCUGCUUCCUCGCAGAACUGAAAGCUCAGCCCGAAGGCAUCCCUGCUCAUCCAGAGCUGCAGCCGCAGCUUCCCAACUACGAAAGUGGAAUCUCUCACCUGGGUUUGUUGAAGGAGCAGAUUCAGAGCCUGAGAAACGAGGCCCAAUCCAAGGACGUGAAAAUCGUCGCUCUGCAGAACGACCUGGACGAAGCCCAGCGUCAAAUCUCGGAGCAAGAGACGGUGGGGAGGAACCUCCUCAGCCAGCUCCAGAAGGAGCAGGAGAACAGCCGAGCCCUGGUUGAACAGGCGCAGGAGGCUUCCAUGAAGGCCGAGGAGCAAUCCCAGGCCUUGGCCUUGAAGGAGCUGGAAGCCACCAAGCUGGCGACGCUCCUCUCGGAAAACUCCAUGGAGGUGGAGAGGCUCCAGCAGGAAGUGUUGGAGCGGGAACGGAGGAUGGCCGAAGUCAGCGUGGGCAUGUCUGACCGGAUGGUGCAACUCAACGAGGAGAAGUUUGUGCUGGGGAAAGAGCUGAAGAGCGCGAUGGAGCAGCUAUGCAUCUUGCAGCAAGGGAAGGAGACCAGAGAGCAGGCGGUGGAGACAGAGGAGAGCCGGCCGCUGGCCGAGGAGUUGCCCACCAGUGAAGCAGCGGAAGUUCUAAGGAAGGAGAACGAGCUCAUGAGGAAGAAGCUGCAGGCUGCUCUUCUCAGUAGGAAGGAGCUCCUCGGCAGGGUUCGCCAGCUGGAGCAGGAAGGAAAAGGAGGGGAAGCGCUUCCAGCUGAGAGCCAGGAGGGGCUGGCUCAGGAGAACGAAGGAGGUGGACAUCCCUCUGAGAGCCCUAGCGGCCAAGGGCAUCCCGUAAGGCGGGGCAGGGCUGCCUCCCUGAACCAGCUGCCCUCUGCAAAGGAAGCCACGUCGCAGGUCACCCCUGAGGAAGAAGAUUGCACGUGGCCACGGACCGUGAUUGCAGAGUUGCAGCAAAGCCUGCAGCAGAAGGACCUUCAGAUCAACGCCCUGCAGGCUGAGCUCAAAGACUGCAAGUUGUCCCCCGAGAAACAGAGUCCAGCGGAUCAGAAUUUGGAGGGGUCCAGCUCAGCAGAUUCCGGGGCAGGUAGGUCAAGCAGCAACGCUGACCUUGGCCCGGAAGGAGGAAAUAAGAUCUUCCAAGAAGAGUUCUCGGCACUGGUCCAGCAGAGAGAAGAGCUCCAAAAGAAGCUGCAAGAAGCUUUGGUCUCGCGGAAGGAGACCAUCAAGAAAGCCAAGGAGAAGGAUCGUCAUUAUCGCGAGCUGCUAAAGCAGCAGAAGGAUGACUACAAGUUGCUACAAGAGCAGUUUGAGCAGGAAAGCAGGGAGAAGGAGAACCUGCAGGACCAGCUCCAGACGCUCGCCAAGGCCCUGGAGAGCUUCCCUCCUCAGAAACCUGCUGGAGAUGUUUCUUCUGAAGGUCCAGCAUCAGGGCUUGUGCAGGAGUUUGGCCAGGAGGUCAUUGAAGAACGCGCUUCCUUGGCAACCGAAGACUCAGUUGUGGCCCAGCUGAAGGCUGACUUUGAGAAGCUUCAGGCGGAUAAGAGAGAACUGGAAGCCCACCUCACGCAUCUGGAAGGCGAACUGGACGCCAAGUCUGAGAAGGUUCUGCUCCUCCAGGAAAACGUCGAGCAACUUCUCGCCGAAGUGGAGAUGGCCAAAGCUGCCUGCAGUCAGGCAGAAGCCAGCAUGGAAAGCCUGAAGCUGGAGUUGCAGGAGAGCCAGGAAGAAAUCGCCAGGCAGGAGAAGCUGAGAUGCCACCAAGAGGAGAAGGAAUUCAACAGCAGAGAAGAAAUCCAAGGCCUUCACUCCCAGUUAGCAGAUAAAAACGUGUCCCUGGGUGGCCUCCAAGCUGAGUUGCAAGAGAGGGAGAAUAGGAUCCAAGCUUUGCAGGGACAGUUGGACCAAGCCCAGCAGCUGCAGGCCGAACUGCAGGUGAAAUCGGCAGAGACCCAGUCCAAAGCCCAGGUCCAGAGGAAGCUGCAGGCAGCCCUCAUCUCCAGGAAGGAAGCCCUGAAAGAGAGCAAGGGGCUGAAGGACGAGUUGUCCGGCACCAAGGCCGCUCUGGAAAGCACCUCUCUCCAUCUUCAAGAGGUAGAGCUUCGGGCGUCUGAGCUGGACAAGGAGAAGGUGGUCCUGUUGGAGAGACUGGCGACCCUCAAGAAGGAAAGGGACAAACUCAUUUCCGCAGUGGACAACGCCUUGGUGGAAAACCAGAACGUGACCGGUUCCUGUGAGAGUCUGAAGUUGGCACUGGAAGGGGUGACUCAGGAGAAGACAAGACUGGAGGAGGAAAUGGACUCGCUGAAGGAAAGGCAGGCCCAGGAGCUCUCCGAGUGGCGGAGGAAACAUGAGGAGCUGCAGAAGGAGUACGAGACGCUCCUGCAAUCGUAUGAGAACGUCAGCGAUGAGGCCGAGCGGAUCCAGCGGGUGAUGGAGAGCGUCCGGCAGGAGAAGCAGGACCUCUUCCUCAGACUAAAAGAGGUGGAAGCCGAGAAGAAGGAUGGGGAAGCUCGCCUGCAGGGAGCAGAACAGGAGAUGGAAGGCAUGAGGGAGAAGAUGAGGAAGUUUGCCAAGUCCAAGCAGCAGAAGAUCCUGGAGCUGGAGGAAGAGAACGAGCAGCUGAGGUUGGAAAUCCAUCCCGGGGAUGGUAGACAGGGUGGGACCAAUUCUGCUCUUCGAGAAGAGCUGGAGACCUCCAAGAACAAUUGCCAGGCUCUUUCUGAUGAGAUGAAAGCGCUGGUCGCCGAAAAGGACCUCUUGAAGCAGGAAAUCCAAAACUUGAGGCAGACAUUGCAAAACAAGGAAGAUCAGAGAGGCACCCAAGAGGAGAUGGUGGCCAGAAGCGAGGUAGUUGGUUCCACCAUGAUGUCAUCUUCAGAGGAGGUGGCUGAGGAAGGAGAUCCAGACACGGGUUCUGAAGUUCUCAUCACUGUCACUCCGAGCCUUGAGGACAAGAAGGAAGAGCUUAGCACAGCUGGCCCCUUGUAUGAUGAAAGAGUUGGGGAUAGUCAACAAGUAGCAGAGCUUCAGGAACAAAUGGCGGCACUAGAAGAUAAGAGGAAGAUGGCGGUAGAGGAAAUGAAUAAGGCCCAUGGGGAUUUGGAGGUCCUGAAGGAAGAGAAGAACCGCCUGGAGGGCUUACUGGCUUUGAAAGGCCAGGAAUUGGAAGCUCUCCAAGAAAAGGUCAUCAAGAUGGAGGAAGCUUGUGGGCAAACCAAGGAGCAGCUGGCUGAGGCAUUGAUGUUGAAAGAAGCUUUGGAAACUGAGAAGGAUGACCUUGAAGAGAGGCUGAUGAACCAGCUGGCUGAGUUGAACGGGAGCAUUGGGAACUACCAGCAGGACAUGGCCAACCUGGAGAGCAAGAACCAGCAGCUCUUCAGUGAGAUGGAAGGUCUUCAGGGGGCCCUGAGCCUCCUGGAAGACGAGAAGCGGCAUCUGUUGAGGGAGAAGCUUGAGGUGGAAGCCGAGAAGAAAGAGAACGUGGAGAAAGUCAAGAGCGCCUGGAAGGGAGACAACGGCCGGACUCAGACUAGAGAACUUCAGGAAUUGUUGAAAGAGAAACAGCAAGAAGUGAGGCAGCUGCAGAGAGAUUGCAUUAAGAGCCAGGAGAAGAUCAGUGGCUUGGAGAGAACCAUCAAAGCCCUGGAGUUUGUCCAGAGUGAGUCCAAGAAAGAGCUGGAGACCACCAAGAAGAGCAUGGUGGAGGCAGAGGAGAAGACCAAGAAGGUCCAGGCUGAGUUGGCUUCCUGCAGGGUCUUGCUGGACGAUACUCAGAGCGAAGCUGCCCGAGUCGUGGCGGAGAGCCUGAAGGUGAAAGAGGAGCUUCAGGCCACCCAGGCUCAGGUCAGAAGUCAGCUGAGUCAAAAAGAUAAGGAGCUGGAGAGACAUGUGGAACAAGAGAAGGCCAAGCACCUGAAGGAGAUCAGAAACAUGGACGAGAGGUUGGAGGCCUUGCGGAAAAAGCAGGUGUUCGUGGAGGAGUCGGCACGAGACCUCCAGGUGUCCCUGCGCCAAAAGGACCAAGAAGCCAAACAGCUUCAGGGCAGCCUCAACCACACCUUAGCUCAGCUGGCGGCCUUCACCAGAAGCAUGUCCUCCCUGCAGGACGACAGGGACCGGGUGAUAGACGAGUCCAGGCAGUGGGAGAAGAAGUUCAGUGAGGCCAUUGAGAAGAAGGAGCAGGAACUCUCUGCCCGAGAAGAGGCCUGCGCUGCCUUGCAAGACCAGGCCAAGAAGACGGCUCUCCAGGUGGAAGACCUCCAAGGCCUCGUGGCCAGCUUGGAACGCAGCCAAUCAGCCCAAGAGUCUCAUGCCCAGGAGGAGCUCCUGCACCAUCGAGAAGAAGUCGGGUUGCUCCAGGAGGAGAAGCACAGACUUGGACUUCAACUGGAAGAGGUCCAGCGGUUACUGAGCCACUCCCAGAGCCAGGUUCUCCAGCAAGGAGGAGAACUUGGGUCUCUGAGAAAGCAGCUUGCCGAUUUGCAGGCCUCCUUCGAAGACUGCGACCGGGCACGUCUUGAGAGGUCAGAGACGGUGAAGAGCCACGAGGCCAGUCUUCAGGACUGCAGGUUGAGUCUGGAGCAGCUGGAGGCUGAUCUGCGGGCUUCCAAGGAGCUGACAGAGAGACUCCACAACGAGGUGAGCGACAAGGAGCAGAAGAUUGUCGGCCUUGUGGCUGCCAAGGAAGAGGCCGUAGCCGAAGCCCUGCUAGAAAUCCAAGAACAGCACAAGGAAGACCUGAAGGAGUUGGAGAACCAGAUGGCCAAGGCUGAAGCUGAGAAGGUGGCCUUGGAGGCUGAGAAGGCAAAAUCUCAGGAGAAAGUGACCGGUCUCAUGGAGAAGUUGAAAAACAUCUACGAAGAGAGCAAGCAGUACAAAGCUCAGCUAGAUUCCUUCACCAAAUCCAUGUCUUCCCUGCAAGAUGACCGGGACAGAGUCCUGGAAAACUAUCGGCAGCUGGAACAACGUCACCUGGCCGCCAUUUUAGAAAAGGAUCAGCUCAUCCAGGAAGCGGCCUCGGAGAACAAUUCCUUGAAGGAGCAACUUCGGAGCCUCCAUGGUCAGAUGGAUGACUUGCAUGCAGAGAACGCCAAGUUGGAUGCCGAACUGGUACGGUAUCGCGAGGACCUGAAUCAAGUCAUCUCCAUCAAGGACACUCAGCAGAAGCAGCUGCUGAAAACCCAGAUUGACCGGAUCCAGGCUCUGGAGAAGGAGAAGGUGGGGGUGGAAGGCCAACUGCGAGAGUCUGAACUUGGUUCGGCCAACCUACAGCGAACCGUGGAGGCCCUGCAGCUGGAGAAGCAGAAUCUGGGCCAGGAGGUCAAGGCUCUCAAAUCUUCCCUCUCCCAGUUGCAGGAUGAGAUGCAGGUUCUGCGGGAAGGGGGUUCCAUGUUGGAGCUGCAGUUGCAGCUGCAAGAGAAAGUGGAUGAAAUCCAGAGUUUGGGCGGGCAGUUGUUGCUGGCAAAUCAGCAGGUGGCGGGCCUGGAAGAAGAGCUGGCUGGCCUUCAUCAGAAGUUGCAGGACGCGGAAGCCAAGAUGAAGAAAGAGCUCAAGAGCUUCCAUCACGACACUGGACUCCUGCGGAAUGAGACCGAGACAGCCGAAGAACGGGUGGCAGAGCUGGCCAAGGACCUCCUGCAGAUGGAGCAGAACCUCCUUGUGGUCACGGAAGAAAACCAGGAUUUGAAGGCCCAAAUCCAGUCGUUCAAGAAAGCCAUGAGUUCUCUCCAAGACAGUUGGGAUCAGUCUCACGAAGAACGGCAUGCCCUGGAGAAGAAAUACGCUGCAGAGCUGGAAGAGCAGAGGCAGCUGGUCCAAAGCCUCCAUCAGGAGAAGCUCCAUGCCCAGGAGACACAAACAGCCCUCGAGAAGCAGAGGGACAGCCUGACCUCCGAACUCGCCGCUCUCCGAGUCUCAACGGAAGAGAAGGGCUUCUCGGAGAAGCUGGAGAAACUCAACCAGCAGCUUCAAUCCAAAGACUCGCAGCUUGCUCGCCUCUCGUCGGAGCUGGAGAAGACCUCUGGCCAAGUGAAGGCCUUCUCCCAGGCCAUGGCCAGCCUUCAGGCUGAGCGAGACCGUCUGCUGAGCCAGCUGGACAAAUCCCGCAAGACGGAGGAGGUGAAGCUGCAGUCGGCCGCCAACGUGUCUUCCAGUCUUGCCGAAACGUCGAGCCUCAAGAAGGCACUCUCGUCCCUGCAGAACGACCGAGACCGGUUGCUGGAGGAGCUGAAGAACCUCCAGCAGCAGUAUCUCCAGGUGGGGGUGGACACGGCCGAGAUCAGCCGCUUGAAGGCCCAGCUCCAGCAGAAGAAGCAAGAGAUGGAGCAGCAGGAGGAGCUCUUCCAGGAGAAGCUGAAGCAGGAGAAGACCUCCGUGGAGCUGGAGCUCCAGCAACUCAGGGAAGAAAAGGCAGGCUGGGAGCAGGUCAGGCAGCAGAGCCCACCCAGCAGCGCCCAGGCGGCAGAGAAGCAGCAGAGGGAGGGGUCUUCGGGGACGACUAGCUCCGACAGAGACACAUCUGGCCAGAUGGCAUCCAUGGAGGACCUCCAGGUCCAGCUUGGGAACAGCUUGAAGCACCUUCAUCAGAAGGAGCUACGCAUCCAGCAGCUGAACAGCAAGCUCUCGCAGGUCUUCGAAGAGAAGAACACACUCGCUCUCCAACUCCGGGGGAGCAGCCGCAGCCUCCGCGAGAGCUGCCAGCAACACAACGAGGCUCUGUCCCGUUGUGCGGCUCUUGAAAAGCAGCUGCAGGAAUGGCAGGGGCCGGCGAAGACCGUGGGACCCCUCCUGACCGAUGCCGCCCCCGGAGCCCCCCAGGAAAAAGACGAGACCAACGCACGGGAGCUGCAGGAACUUCAGGCGCAGCUCUCGGAGGCCAAGCACCAGCAAAGCCUCGCCAGGCAGGGCCUGACUCAGCUUCAGCAGCUGCUGCAGGAGGAGCAGGAGAGGCGCCUGGCCGCUGAGGAGGCUUGCUCUGCAGCCCAGGAGCAGAUGCGCAGGUUGGAGUCCGAGGAGUAUGCGCAGUCUCUGGAGACCAGCAUUGCCAUGCCUCCCAGCUCUGAACAUGCCCUGCUGCUGGGGUCUGCAGAGAGCUCCUUCAGCAAGGCUCGAGGGCCCAGGGGGCUGCAGCGUGCCCUGCGCUCCGUCUUCUGCCCCCGGAGGCUCUUCUCCCUGCUGGCCACGGUCUACCUCUUCGGGAUCCACGUCUUGCUUUUCCUCCACGCCGUGGGCCGCCUGUGAGAAGACCGGGGCACGAGAACUCGGAUGAACCACGGACCUCGACACCUGGGGGACCCUGCCGGUCUGGACACGGGGAGGCUCCCGGCUCACCCGUGGCGUCGUCAAGGCUGCCAGAGGUCGAACGCAAUCCUGGCUAGUUAAAGCAGGCGACGGCCUUUCUUGCCAUUGGCGAUGCAGGGUUUGUGUGGCUCCUUCCAGGGAAGUGCCAGGGCUUUCUGGGCCUCGAAUGCCGGCCGAAUCGGGGUUGGCAUCACCGUUGAUUUGGGGUGGGGGAAAGGGCGGAGCCACGAAGAUGCCCGCCUCCCAUCCUUUUGCUGGCACUAAUCAUAAUCAGUUAAAGUGGGACUCCUGCAGAAGAUCAGAUUUCUGCUCUUUUGGGACUUGACUGACAGGUAGACUUCUAACUCACGUUAAACAUCAGUUCUCUCUUUCUAUACCGUUUGGGGGGGGGGGGCGCCGUUUUAGCCCCCGGAGCUGGAAAUAUUGCCCUCAAGACAAAGAGUUCCCCAAUCUUGCUGGAUUUGGGGACCGGCCCAGGGGAGAGGGAAUGGAUCCGUGCAAGUGGCAGGAAAGCGCAUAUGUGUGCACGCACCUCCAUUUGUGCGAGCGGUGAGCAACCCUGCGCCCGUGCUUGCUCACUUCUCGCACAAACGGAGCGUUGUGCGCCCGUGAUGGCUGCUGACACAAGUGGGAAUGCGUGCAUGUAUGCAGACGCUUGCCUGCCAUUUGAACCCGGUUCCAAAGGGCUCAAGGUCCGGUAGUGGGCUGCAGCCAGGGGGUUGAGGACCCCUGUCCUGUUCCGGAGAGUCAAGAAGGAGGAAGGGUCUGUCGGGGGUCCUGCAGUUAGGUUCUCACAACGUUGGAGGCCCUGACCCUCCAAUCUCCGGACCUCUGGCGGUCAGUUAAUGGAAGGUUGUCCAGCAGAUCCCAGAGGAGGAAGCCACUUCCUCGGCUUGAAGGGGAAGGGUUGUGGGUUAUGGGUCAGGGGGUUCCCUUUCUGGCCACUCAAGAAGAAGAAAAGGCCUCUCCUGGUCUGGCCUGGGAUCUGCUUUUCAGACCUCGAUUGGCACUUAAUGGGGGUCCCCUCCCCGUGGUCUGGGGGUGCCUUUAUCCCCUCCACCCGGCCUUCUGGUUCUCUGCCACCCCUUUGUUGUGCAAUAAAGAUGUUUAUUUUUCUGAGA